AUGUGGAGGCCGGGGGCGGCCGCUGCCUUGCGUGCGGCGCGGUGGGCGGCGGCGGCGGCGCGGCGGAGGAGCGGCGGCCCCGGGGACGGCCCGAGGGCGGGGGCAGCCGCUGCUGUCCGCGGCCGGGCGCAGCAAUUGCAAUAUGCUUCAGAGGUGAGGAGCAGUACUGUUCACUUCAUGAAUUUAAGAAGUACAGGAACUCUGAAUGACAAAAGCUCUUUAGAUGAGACCACUUAUGAAAAACUGGCUGAAGAAACACUGGAAUCCUUGGCAGAUUUCUUUGAAGACCUCACAGAUAAGCCUUUUACCCCAGAAGAUUAUGAUGUCUCUUUAGGGAGUGGAGUUUUAACAGUUAAAUUAGGUGGAGACAUGGGAACAUAUGUAAUCAAUAAGCAAACACCUAACCGGCAGAUUUGGCUGUCCUCUCCCACAAGUGGGCCCAAGCGCUAUGACUGGACUGGACGGAGUUGGGUAUAUUCUCAUGAUAGAGUGUCCCUUCAUGAACUACUAUCAAAAGAAUUUUCAGCAGCACUAAAAACUAAAUUGGAUUUAUCCUGCUUAAUAUAUUCUGGGAAAGAAGAUACCUGAUGAUGUGCUACCUCGUGCAAGUUUAAAGACUUUAACCACCAGCGCUUCCGUGGUUUCUGAGUACCUGAGCUUAUUUCUGUUGGUUUUUUCUUGACACCACUAUGUGCGAGAACAUGAAGAGAAUAUACUUUUUUCUCUAGUAUUCAGUCUUUGAGUUUCUAUGAUGCAGCUUGAAUGUGUAUCCAUGCAGUACAGAUAGAUUAGAUGUCCAUUCAUUGCCAUCACUGCAUUUUCUACUUUCUUACUGUUGAAAUCAACUGCGGUCCUGUUCGGAUGUAAGGACUGGCGUCGGGUGACCUCUGCCCAGUGCACAGAAGCCAUAUUUUUUGGUGAGAUAUUAACCCUAAACAAGAAAUGUCUGUGAAUCACAGUGAUGUAAGUUACUGUACUGUGAUGCAUGGUAUUAAAAUUUGCAGCUAUUGAUAAGGUUUUAGUGUUAGUGCAAGUAAAUAAUGCAGGGGAGCCAAACUGAACAUGUCGUACAGGAAAUGACUGGCAGAGGAGAACUUUUAGUUUUGCAAGAUGGAUGUAAUUUUUCUCUCAGUAUUGCAGAACUUGCUCACUUCUCCAAGUUCUAUAUUCUUUGACAUCGGGAUAUUUUUCUGAACAAAAUUACCUACAGGUCUGUGUGUUUGUAAGCAUCAUGUGACUCAAAAAGGCUGAUGUGCAGUGUUCAAGCUCUGCCAAUACUUUAUUCUCUUCCUGUGAUUUUUUUUUUCUUCCUGUUUCUACUCUUUGUAGAGCAGAAAGAUGUAAUUUAUUGCCUGUAUGUUAGUUGGUAAAUGGAGAUUGUGUCGUGCUAGCAAAAAUUUGCACUGCUGCAUUUCUUAAGUGGGUUUAGAUUUUCACCACGAUGCAACAUGGAAGCAAUUAAAAGCUUUCACACAUUUUGAACCUCGAGAAUGCUUUAACACUUGCAGUGUUGCAUUAUUGCCACUGACUGUUCUUAAUUGCCUUUAAAAUGGAAGCACAGUUGUUGACUAAUUACUGUGAUAACAUAAAAUAUUUUUUCAUUGUAUUAUAAGUAUAUGGUGUAAGAUGUUUCAAUGCAAGUUACUUUUCUUGCUCAUUCUGACACUUCUGAUUAGCUUGUCUGGAUGGUUUUGGCUAGCUAGAAUUUUACACAUGCGGAUAAUUUCAGAUGGCAUCAUUGCCCUGUACUUGCAUUUGAAGUGUAUGUUGUACCAACUAUUUCUCACCAUGAAUUAAGUAGAAAGUACCAUUUCCUUGGAACACAAUCAUGAUUGAGUCUGCAGACUGUGAUCAUGUGAAUUGUGCAAACUGUUACACAAACUGGUUUUUAAAUCAAAAUACGAAAGGCCAGUAUUAUCUAAAAUAGAAGCUGCAGAAUGAUUCGUAACUGGUAUAUAACAUUUUUUUUUUUUUUUUUUUUUUUU